UCAGGUUGAGGCAUAGAGAUGAUCCUUUUCUUAUGCUUAUACAGUAUAAGUUAGAAGUAAUUCUAACCUAUUGCGUAUUCGAAGGUGUUCAAUAUCGACAAGUGAUACCGAACUGCACGGUUUACAAAAAGGCACAAUGCUUACCAAACGUCUGGUUAUCAAUGCACCGAAGAUUCUGAAGCGGAAUAUUGGUAUUGUUGCACCAGCGUUACAGAAAGCAACCGACCCAAUUCAGAAAUUGUUCAUCGACAAAAUCCGCGAAUACAAAGAAAAAAGCGCUGGCGGCAAAUUAGUUGAUGUUACUCCUCAAUUUGAGAAGGACAAGGAGGCUGAAAUGGAAAGACUUGCAAAACAAUUUGGCAGUGCAAACAGACAGGCUAUGAAUGAAUUUCCUAAGAUACAAUUCAAAGAUGCAGAUAUACAAAAGUAAGUCUGUGAAUAUAAAUUAUGUAAAAGUAUACAUUUAGAACAGUUGUAAUUGUAACAUUUAAUAUUAAUAUUCAAUUGUAAAAAUACAUAUACAUGUGAAGUUGUAAAUGUAAGUAUAUUAAAUUCCAUUUUUCUCAAAUACA